AGUUGAAGCAAAAUAAAAAUCCUCAGAACCCCACGGUACCUAUGUGAUAUAUUGGGUGGGUAUAUUGAUAUUGGGAACUCAAAACCCUUUCACUGCAUGCAUGUUAACAGCUUGGAUAAACUACCAACCAUGACCAUCAGCAUCUCCAUCUGGAACCUGAAGUAAAUGUCAGGCUCUGCAUUAGUCAGAAUGGCUGGUGCAAUGUGAAAGCACAUGAAAUUGAAAAUGUUGGGCAGGAAGCCAAGCUUGAGAAGUGAGCCAAUUCUUUCAGACUAUGGUCCUGAUGAGUCACUCAAUGAAAAUGCAGAUAUUGAUUGGGUCAACAAGGUAUGGGUACGCCACCUGCUGCGGCUCUGUGCUCUGCUCAGCCUGGUCUCGGUCAGCCUCAACACUCCAAAGACAUUUGAGCAGUGGCCAGCGCUGCAGCUCAUUACCUUCAUCGUGGACGUGUUUGUCACGUGCAUGUUCACGGCCGAAAUGGUGGCCAAGAUGCACAUCCGUGGCCUGGUCAGCGGCGACAACCCGUACCUGAAGGACCAUUGGUGCCAGUUUGACGCAAGCAUGGUGUUCUUCCUCUGGGUAUCGGCUAUACUGCAGGUGUUCGAGCUGACCAGUAUGGUGCACGUGCACACGUACCUCUCCGUACUGCGCGCGCCACGACCGCUCAUCAUGGUCAGGUUCAUCCGCGUCUUCCUCAAGUUCAGCAUGCCAAAGAGCCGAAUCAACCAGAUCCUCCUCCGCUCCUCUCAGCAGAUCUACAACGUCACGCUGUUCUUCCUCUUCUUCAUGUGCCUCUACGCCCUGCUGGGGGUGCAGUUUUUCGGCAAGAUGAACAAUCACUGCGUGAAGAGCGGCACAGACCCCAGAUACGUCACCCUGAACGACCUGGCCAUCCCGGACACCUACUGCAGUACGAGCGCCGGCUCUGGCUACCAGUGCCCGCCCAACAUGACCUGUGUCACGCUCGACGACCCGCAGCGGUACAGCUCUUACAACGUCGGUUUCAACGGCUUCGACGAAUUCGCGACCAGUAUAUUCACGGUGUACGAGGCGUCGUCCCAAGAGGGCUGGGUGUACGUCAUGUACCGGGCAGUGGACUCGCUGCCCAGCUGGCGCGGCCUGGUCUACUUCACCACCAUGAUCUUCUUCCUGGCCUGGCUGGUGAAGAACGUCUUCAUCGCCGUGAUCAUGGAAACAUUCAACGAGAUUCGAGUGCAGUUCCAGCAGAUGUGGGGCACCCGCGGCCAGAUCUCCGAAGAGUACACCACUUACGUGCUGACGGGCACGGACACGGCCUGGAAGCUGGUGACGGCCGAGGACAGCGGCUCGCGCGGCUCGGCGCCGCUGCUACUGCAGCGCGUCAUCCAGUCGGCCGGCUACCACCUGGUGGUCAUGGCGGCCAUCCUCACCAACGCCUACAUCUCGUCCAGUGUGCAGUUCCUGCACGACGGCCGCUCCGUCACCGAGCUCUACAAGGACAUCUACCCCAUAGAGGUGGGGUUCACCAUUUUCUUCGACCUGGAGGUGCUGGUGAAGGUGUGGUGCAUGGGCUUCUCCACCUACUGGAAGCGCUCCAUCCACAAGUUUGAGGCGGUGUUGGCCGUGGGCAGCACCUUCCACCUGCUGCCCAACCUCUACAACUCGGUCUUCACCUACUUCCAGGUGUUGCGUAUCGUGCGGCUCAUCAAGGCCUCCCCGCUGCUGGAGGACUUUGUAUUCAAGAUCUUCGGUCCGGGGAAGAAGCUGGGCAGUCUGAUCAUCUUCACCAUGUGCCUGCUGAUCAUCACUUCGUCCAUCUCCAUGCAGCUCUUCUGCUUCCUCGACUUCCAGAAAUUCGAAACGUUCCCGGCCGCGUUCAUGUCCAUGUUCCAAAUCCUGACCCAGGAGGCCUGGGUGGACGUGAUGGACGAGACGAUGUACCUGACGGCCAGCGCCAUCGUGCCGCUGGUGGCCAUCUACUUCAUACUCUACCACCUGUUUGUCACACUGAUCGUGCUCAGUCUGUUCGUGGCCGUGAUCCUGGAUAACUUGGAGCUGGAUGAAGACAUCAAGAAGCUGCGUCAGCUGCGCGCCAGAGAACAGAGCGCCGGAAUUCAGGAGACGCUGCCGCUGCGUCUGCGCAUAUUCGAGAAGUUCCCGGACCGUCCUCAGAUGGCGCGGCUGCACAAGGUGCCGGCCGACUUCACACUGCAGAAGGUGCGGGAAAGUUUCAUGCGUAAUUUCGUGGACGACCCUUCUGAGGAGGAGGACAGCCCGGGGAUGAAGGCCUCCAGCCGCGGCCGGGAGGUACUGGCCUACCGGCGCGCCCGCUGCCGCCAGCUGCUGCACAAGACCACCGCUGCCAGAAAGUCCGACUACAACCAGAAGAGCAUCGGAGUCAGGGGACUGGUCGAUGACUGUAACAAUCACCGCCUGCUGCUGGGCGACUCGGGUCAGCUGCCCACCACCGGCAAAGGCCUGGCCGCCAAGUCGCGCUUCGAGAACGCCAAGUCGAUGCGUCGCUCGAUGCGCGGCUCUCUGAAGGUCAAACAGACGUACGACCACCUGAAGGAGAACGGUGACGUGGCGGCCCUGAGCGGCGGCGGGUCCAACGCCCGCAACCCGCACGACUUCGACAUCAAACUGCUGCAGGCCAAGCGGCAGCAGGCGGAGAUGAAACGUAACCAGCGCGAAGAGGAUCUGCGGGAAAACCACCCGUACUUUGACACACCUCUGUUUGUGAUCGGACGGGAGAGCCGCUUCCGUAAGGUGUGCCAGAUGAUCGUGAACGCGCGCUACAACGCCCGACAGAAGGACCCGGUCACUGGGCAGGAGCGCAAAGUUCGCUACAAGGGAUUCCAUAACCUGCUGGGCCUGGUCACCUACCUGGACUGGGCGAUGAUCCUCAUCACCACAGUCAGCUGCGCUUCAAUGAUGUUCGAGUCGCCCUUCUUCAAGAUCCAGGACAACUGGCAACUGCAGGUAUCUGAGUACCUGUUUGUGGUCGGCAUGAGCAUAGAGCUGGCGCUGAAGGUGCUGGCCGACGGCCUGCUCUUCACCCCAAAGUCACUCAUCAGGGACAUCGGCGGACUGCUUGACCUAUUCAUCUAUGUGGUGUCUCUGGUGUUCCUGAUGUGGAUGCCCACCACGGUGCCGCCCGUCUCGUGGGAGCAGCUACUGCUGAUCGUCCGCUGUCUCCGGCCGCUGAGGAUCGUCUACUUGGUACCGCACAUGCGUACUGUGGUCCGGGAGCUCUGCAGGGGAUUCAAGGAGAUCCUGUUGGUCUCUGUGCUGCUGAUUCUGCUGCUGUACGUGUUCGCCAGCUACGGCGUACAGCUGUUCGGCGGCCGCCUGGCGCGCUGUAACGACCCCGAUCCCAACUACCAGCUACGGCAGAACUGCGUCGGCUUCUUCCAGCGCGAGAUAUUCGUCACCAAAAUGAAAAUCAGCCCGCGAGAGAACGAGACCUACCCGGUGAUCCUGGUGCCGCGAGUCUGGGCCAACCCGCGCCGAUUCAACUUUGACAAGAUCGGUAACGCGAUGUUGGCGUUGUUCGAAGUGCUCUCCUUCAAGGGCUGGCUCGACAUUAGGGACGUGCUUAUCAAACGACUCGGACCGGUGCAGUCAAUCUACAUCCACAUAUUCGUGUUUAUCGGCUGCAUGAUCGGUCUGACGCUGUUUGUCGGCGUGGUGAUUGCCAACUACUCUGAGAACAAGGGCACCGCGCUGCUCACCGUCGACCAGCGCCGAUGGUGUGACCUGAAGAAGCGUCUGAAGAUCGCGCAGCCGCUGCACCUGCCGCCGCGUCCCGACGGACGACGCUGGAGGGCCGUCGUCUACGACUUUACGCAGAACAUCAUCUUCAAACGGUUCGUCGCCGUGCUGGUCAUCAUCAACAGCAGCCUCAUUUGUGUUCAGUGGGAUUACGCGCAGCCGUACACGCGCUAUCUGGCCGUGGUGUCGUCCAUCCUGAACCUGUUCUUCAUGAUGGAGGUUGUGAUGAAGAUGGUAGCCUUCUCGGCGCGCGGCUACUGGCAGUCGCGCCGCAACCGAUACGACCUGUUUGUCACCGUGCUGGGACUGGUCUGGGUCAUCCUGAACUUCACCUUCCCAAUGUCUAAGGUGCAGAACAACUACACCAACUCUUUGGGCUUCAUCUGCAUCAUCCUGCGCUUCUUCACCAUCACCGGCAAGCACGCCACCCUGAAGAUGCUGAUGCUGACCGUGGUGGUGUCCGUCUACAAGAGCUUCUUCAUCAUCAUGGGCAUGUUCCUGCUGCUGCUGAGCUACGCGUUCGCCGGCACCAUCCUCUUCGGCACGGUCAAAUACGGCGAGGGUAUCGGCAGACAAGCCAACUUCAAGACGGCUCCAAGCUCGAUCGUGAUGCUGUUCCGCAUUGUCACUGGCGAGGACUGGAACCAGAUAAUGCACGACUGCAUGGUGGAGCCUCCGUCUUGCACGGUGGCGCGUCCACCCGACUACCGCACCGACUGCGGCAACUUCACCGUGGCGCUCGUCUUCUUCUGCUCCUUCUACGUCAUCAUCACCUACAUCGUGCUGAACCUACUGGUGGCCAUCAUCAUGGAGAACUUCAGCCUGUUCUACUCGAACGAGGAGGACGCGCUGCUCAGCUAUGCCGACAUUAGAAACUUCCAAAACACGUGGAAUGUGGUGGACAAGAACCAGCGCGGCGUCAUACCCGUCAGGAAGGUCAAAUUCAUACUGCGACUGCUGAAAGGCCGACUGGAGGUAGACCCGCAGAAGGACAGGCUGCUCUUCAAACACAUGUGCUACGAGCUGGAGCGACUGCACAACGGAGACGAGGUCACCUUUCAUGACGUGCUCAACAUGCUGAGUUACCGCUCGGUCGAUAUCAGGAAGAGUCUGCAGCUAGAGGAGCUGCUGGCUCGCGAGGAACUCGAGUACAUCAUUGAGGAGGAGGUGGCCAAACAGACCAUCCGACAGUGGCUAGACGGCUGUCUGAAGCGGAUCCGCGCUCGCGAACAGAGCAGUCUGAUUGCCGGACUGCGGGCCACCAACGAACAGGCACUGAUGAGACUCAACGAGGAGCGAAAACAGGAGCGGGAGAAGGAGGAAAAAGAGGAGCCCAGUGAGCCGCCCGCCCGCCAGCGGAAGAAGGGUGUGUGUAUGGGCCGUUCGGACUCUGUGGGCUCCGCGGCCAGGAAGUUCCUGACGCCGUCCCUGAGUGACGCCACCGCUACCAAGGACAAGGAGCGGCCCGCCGGCAAACGCAGGACGCGCUCCGUCGUGGGCAACAAGUCCCUACCCGACGUGAACGAGGCGGGCGAGGCCGUGGCGCUAGCCUCCCCGGGCAGCCCGCGGCCGGUGGGGGGUGCGCCGCCGGCCGCCGCCGCCUGGGGAGACGUAUCCACCUGGUGGCUCGACCACUGCCAGACUACCGGCCACGACGACUCCGCUUCCGUGUGACGGGAUCCUGCUCAGAGCUGAGUGGGGUGGGGUGGCGGGGAUCGUCUGGCGUUUCAGAAGAGAUUGGGACCUGUUGCGAGGUAUGACUGUGUCUGGCCACUGUAGUGGGGACUUUGAAGUUAAGUGAAUACUGUGUAACGUGGUAGGAGGUACUACGAUGUGCGACAGGGCAUGUCAGAGGGAGUAACACGUCACGAGAUGGUACUGUGGCGUUUCAGUAGGGACUGUGCAACCUGCCAGUAGGACCCUCACUACUAGAGGCCUUUGUGGGGGAAUGUCCGAGUCCACUAUGAAUAGUUUUCGGGACCUCUUAGCGACGGAUAUGUCGGCUUUCAGUAGCGCAAAGGCGCAAACCUGGGCCCAGUGGUUGGACCCCAUCAGAUGCACAAGUGUCAGUGUUGCACAAGAGGACCGGUGUCCGGCCCUGCCGGCCCUAUUUAGGGAUGGAUGGGUCCAGAUGCUGCCCCACUGCGGCCAUAGCAGACGAGCGGGGGCGGUAGCCGGUCUAGGGCUCCUGAGGCAAGAUAGGAUACGUCCGCUUACGAGGGGCGAUGGCCGCAAAGUGGAAAAGAUGACAGCCGUCACAUAGCUUAUGUAGCUGUCUAUAGCCGUCCGUGUUCUGUUGUGUCGCGAGCUUCAGAGAUGCCGGUAUAUUGUUAGCAAUUGCCAAAACCGAGCUUAGCUAUGUGUAUUGUUUAUGUUGCGAUGUGUGGGCACUGGGCAGUCCAGUUGACCUGUAGCGGCGACCGCGAGGGUGUCACCGCCGUGAUUUUCCCUCGGCCGUGCACGGAUACGGGAGAAGCUAUGUGUAUGGAGGCGGGUUAUAGAUCGACCCUGAUCACAUAUAUGAUUUGGUGGUUGAUGUUUCUCGAUUCAGAGUACUAUUGGAAAGGUACCAAUUUUACAUGCUGUUGGAAUGUUGUUGUAGUUCAGUUAUGUCAAACGUGGUGCUAUAUUUUCUCAGUGUUCUUUUGUGAUUUAUUGUGACUUAUUUACCUUGCAUUAUUUUAUUUUGAUUUAACUAUCGUUUUUUUCACAGCUGCAUCGUCUUAUCGUUGUGAAUUGUUUGCAGUCUCUUAUGUGCCAGUGUGCUGUCAAACAAGCUCCACAUCUCUCGUGCUAUCCGUGAACCUCUGGGCAGUCAUCGUCUUCGCUUGCCGCCAGUUUAGUGUGUAGUAUUACGCACAAGAUGGGGAACAACUGACCAAAGUCAUGACUCAAUGAGUCGAGGCAUAGUGCACCGCUAUGUAAGAUGCUGCGACUGUGUUCUGGAAGCUUGACGCUUCUCUGUCGAACUGAGCUUACCUGUCAUCAAUGUGCCAACAGUGUAGAAGAUGCUUUGUUAUUUUAUUUAUUUAUUUAUAUACAUGAUUAAUUUAAGUUUGUAACAACCACUGCGUGAUCUCGACAUCUCUUGAGAUCUUCUUGCACAUUCUCCAAGUCUAGUCACAACUCUCUAGUCUGAUGAGGCUGUUUGCUACGGAUGUCGCUGUUUUGUUGUCUUGUCCAAAUACAACCGAAAUAUCA